UAGAUCUAAUUUAGAACGUUUAAUAUCUGAAAAGCCACAUUAUAAAGGAAAAGGUAAACUCAUGAGAAAUAACAUUAGAAGAAUUUGUUCUGGAGUAAGAUGCGCUAUUGUAAUGCGAAGUUCUGAACCCAAUAAAAUGACAGCAAUUAAAAAACUUAAACAGGAUAUACGGAAUGCCGGGAGACAUGUCCUUGGCUUACAUGAUUUAUGUUCCACAGAUUUUUGUAAAAAUAAGGAGAAAGAUACAGACAUAACAAAAUCAAAUGAUAAUAAAAUGGAAAAUAGCAAUAAUGAUGAAGAAGAUAUCAUAAUAAGCCAAUGCGAGUACUGGACUGAUUCUGUAAAAAAAUAUUCUGAAAGUGAAAUUGAAAUGUUAAGAAAGGGCGGUAAGACAAUAUCACCGAAAAAUUUUAAUAUUGAAGAGUUGUUAAGAGACAUUUUUCUAUUUCUGAAUCGUCUAUCUGAAAAGGCAAACCGUUUGAUUGGUAACUUUACAAGUAAUUUAGCCGAGUCCUGGAUGAGCAUUAAAUGUAAAUUUGAAGGGGGUAAAAUGUUCAAUAAAUGCUUCCGUGGUUCAUUUUACGCAAGAUGUUAUGGUGGAGCGUUGAGGUCUUUGCUAGGUCCAGCAUGGUCACCACAAGUUUACAAUCAACUUACAGGUAAACGCCCUGACAGAGUUUUUAUUAACACUUAUAGACAAAGGUUUGUACGCUACAGAUGUACCAAACGUGCCAAAGGUAGUGAAAUAAACAGGAACAAAAGGAAAUUGAAGAAAAUGAAAGCAUCUGUUGAAAGCAGCAGUAAGAAAGCAAGAAAAGAAUAUGGCGAAACUGUGCUGCAAGAUACAGCUGAUAUCAGUCCAUCACAAUUAAAAAAGGAAUGUGAUACGUUUUAUAAAUCAACAAUAUCUACAUGCAAUAGUAAAUUAAUUGAACAGCAUACACGUGGUCAGUCAAGUAAUAUUAACUGGUUUGCUGAAAGAAAGAAAAGACUCACAAGUUCUGUAUUUGGAGAAGUGAUGUCAAGAUCACAAAAUAAUAACCGUCCCAAUUUAGUGAAAAGGCUUUUGUAUUCCAACUUUAAAGGAAACAUGUAUACUUUGAAAGGGUUAAGUGAAGAGGAUAAUGCAAGAAUUGAAUACAUUAAUUUGAAAGAAAAAGAAGAAAAUCUUAAAUACAAAAUUGAUAUUCCGGGUCUAAUUGUUGACAAACUGAAUCCUUAUUUAGCAGCCUCCAGCGAUGGUGUCGUAGUUGGAUCCAAAGGUCCUGAAGGUCUCAUUGAAAUUAAAACUUUAUUACAGAACAAAAAAGCAAUGAUCAAAGAAUCAGCAGAAAAUGAUAAAGCCUUUUGUUUGUCAGUGCAGAAUGGCAUUAUUCAACUGAAAAAAAAUCAUAAAUAUUUUUAUCAAAUACAAGGUCAGAUGAAUAUUAUGAAUUUCAAAUGGUGUGAUCUAAUAAUUCGAAGAGUAAAUCCACAUGAUAUGUUUAUUCAGCGCAUAUACUGUGAUACAGAAUUAUGGAGAAAUGUUAUGAUUCCCAAAUUAAAGGCUUUCUAUUUCACCCACAUGCUACCUGAAUUAGCAGUUCCAAGACAUGGUACUCUAUCUGGAAUAAGAAAACCUGAAUUACCAUGGUUUUGUGGUACAUCCUGCAAGAGAUCAGAGAAAAAGAACUGUAAGAGAAUUGAAGGUGACAAAUUGGACUAAAAAGACUCACAUACUCAGAUUAAGACAGACACAGAUAUUUACAUUGCAACCCCAUUAAUACCAACACCAACACAAUCAAGUAAAAGAUCAACACGUUUGAGAAAAUUAAAAUUCCUUGGAAGGAGAAUCAACCACCAGUGGACAGAAUCAGAUGGCUCUCUGAAUUGGUACAAAGGCACCGUGCUUUCUGUUUCUUCUGGAAAAGACGGAAAUCCUGAUGCAGUAUAUGAGGUGCUAUAUGAAGGCGAAGACGCGUCAUAUGAAGUAGAUUCUUUGAUCAAAGACUAUAAUGAAGGCACCUUAACUUUCAUAGAUUUGUAAUGGUAAUGGAGAUUCAGUGUCACUAAAAUAGAUGUUACUUUAAAAGUUUUCAUUCAUCAUAUCACAUAUUUAUCAUUGGAAGGAACAUUAUUUUGACAUACAAGUUAC